AUGGCUGGUGACAACGCCGCCGCUGCGCAGCCCAUACGCCCUGCGAGUGCAAACAGGACUGCCCCAGGAAAUGCAUCAAACCCAAAUGGCCCAAAGGUACAGCAGCCGAAGCCGCAAGCUCUAUCAACACGGCCAGGAGCAAGCGCUGUGCUGGUGUCUGCGCGUCAAAAGGGCAAUCCAAUUCUCAGCAACAUCAAAUCCGUUCCUUGGGAAUACUCAGAUAUCCUUGCGGACUACGUCCUGGGCGCCACUACCUGUGCUCUUUUCCUGUCAUUAAAGUAUCAUCGUCUGCAUCCCGAGUACAUCUACUCGCGUAUUCGUGCGCUUGCGGGAAAGUAUAAUCUCAGGAUCAUUCUCACGAUGGUCGACAUUCCAAAUCAUGAGGAACCACUGAAAGAGCUAUCGAAAACAUCUCUCGUCAACAAUGUCACUAUCAUUUUGUGUUGGAGCGCGCAGGAAGCCGGACGCUAUCUCGAACUAUUCAAGACCUACGAGCAUACCGCCCCGACCAGUAUCCGCGCUCACCAGUCCACGAGUUAUUCAGACAAGCUUGUUGAGUUUAUCACUGUACCCAGAAGCAUCAACAAGACAGAUGCCGUGGGCUUAGUGUCAAAUUUUGGUAGCAUCCGGACGGCAGUCAAUGCGAGACCCGAAGAGGUGUCAUUGAUUGCAGGAUGGGGCGAGAAGAAAGUUCAGAGGUGGUGCAACACGGUGCGUGAGCCCUUCAGGCUGAGGAAAGCCGCCAAGAGAGGUAUCAACAGGGAAGAGGGUAGUGUAGCACCACUCGCACUGUCCGGGCAAAACACCCCUGCGGACGGUGAAGAAGAGGCCCGCAGGGUACCUACACUUGGCGUGGGGUCACCUGUUGGAGUCAACUCUCCGCUCAGCAGGCCUCCGUCCGCUGCAGGCGCUACUCCGGACGCAGAUAGAAGACCCCCUAUCAGACCGGCGGAGAGUAUUUCUACUUGGAUGCCGGAUGAGGACGAGGAAGAGGCUAUGCUUGCUGCAGCUCAGGAGGCAAGCCUACCACCACAAGACACCCGAAACAACAACAUCCAAUCAAAGAAGCGCAAGGUGCAAGAAGACGAACCCAGCGAGGGCGUCAUGGCAGCCCUAGCCAAGCUCAGGCAGUAA